UCGCAGCAGAUAGGUGGAGCUUAGGAGUACUUCUCUUCUUUAUGGUGGUUGGCUGCCUUCCUUUCGAUGCCAGCACUUGUGAAGGUGUGACACGUCAGAUCCUUGUCUCCAAGUUCAGAAUACCUCAGCACAUUUCCACCAAUAUUUCCAUAGUCAUCGCCAGACUACUGAUGAUCAACCCGGGCAGCAGGCCGAACAUUGACCAAAUCAUGACGUGCCCCAUGAUCAGGGACACAAUUGUGCCUUUGCCUCCUUCCACACAGAGAGUCCCAGGCACCCUGACCGCUGCUAAAAUUGUCAGCAACAUGACGGUCAUGGGGUAUAAGUCUGAGGAAACCAUUCAUUCGCUGAGAGAAGAAAACGAUAACCAGGUGAUAGCCCCUUACCUGAUUCGACAACACCAGUCUUCUGUGGGAGAUAGCUGCCAUCAGCAGGUGAAACCCAUGCAGUCAGGCCUUGUCCUCGACCUGGCAGAUCUUCACACCUCCCCUGUGCGCCUAAGGAGAGCUACUGAGGCUGCUCCCCUGGCCUUCUCCUUGCCAUCCAAUCUUCAGGAGACAGAGCAUGAGAACAAUGCCAGGCAGGGUGGCACAAGGCAUAGCAUGCCUGCCACCCUAUGCCGCCAAUCAGAGAGGCCCCAACCUCCAUACCUAGUCUUCCCGAACAGGCCCCGUUCUCUUGACCUUACACGCAGUAGCGUGGUAAUGAGAGAGAGUUCCUCUGAGUCAAAGAUCGGGUCACAUGUCAGCCUGAUUGACAGUAUCUAUUCAUACUCAUCCCCCCUCUUAAUGUACACCAAUUCUUGUUGCCCAGACCACAAGGAGACCACAUGUAACACAGGCAGUGUAUCUUCCUGGAGUUACCAAGAGGAACUCUGCAGCUCCAUAGACACAGCUCAGAGUGUACCUUCCAGAGGCUCCUCCUCUGGGGAUACAAGGCAGGGAGGCACCAUGACAUCAGAGGAAGACACAAUUCAAGAAGAGAACAUCACACAGGAAGAGGCCAUGAAUGAGGAAGGGACCAUCGCACGAGAAACAACCAUAUCCCAGGAAGAGGCCAUCACACCAGAAGUGACCAAUACUCAGGAUGAGACCAUCACAGAAGAAAGGGCCAUGGUCGAUGGAGAGACCGUGACUCACACUGAGGCCAUCAUAGAGGAAAAGAACAUAAUGCAGCAUGAGGACAGGCAUCGGAAAGCAACCAACUCCCUGGAAGUGAGGAGGACCCAGGAAACCAAUAUGAGUCAGACUGACAGCAUCACAGAGGAGGAGGCCAUCACCCAUGGCCAGCCUGAGGUUGCCGGCCAGGCUUCCUCCCCAAACCGGAGGCGCCACAGGUGGAAGGGUUUCAAGAAAACAAUGGUGAACUGCCUCAGACACCUGUGCUGCUGCCUGCCACCUGCCAGGAGAAGCCACGACGCCUGUCAGAACCUGGCUCCAAAGAAACGGGAUCGUGGAGUCAACCACAUAAUCAGUCCUGAAGAUGUCAAGACCCAGCUCCGUGGCUUGUGAGCCACGGGUUGGGGAUCGGCCUGGCUUGAGGUGUGGACAAUCCCGUAGGAGAGCCAGGCCAGACGUCCAGGAGGCAGUGUGUCCACAGGCUGCUCCUGCAGAGGAAGAACAGCUGUCCACACCAGCUGAGCUCUCACCAGGCCGUCAUUCACUUUGAGAACUGGAUGCCGACUCAACACCGCUUGCCUCAGCAUGAAGGAAUGAUGGGUGUCCUGAACAUGGAACAUCUGAAACUUUCAAGAGGGGCCAGAACCUGCUGUAGGCCCUGCCUAGUGCCAGCCACAGUGUGCUCUCUGCCGCGCACGGUAGUUGCUAAAUUGAACCCAGGAAGAAAAGGUUCCUGGAAUCUUCAUUUUGCUGGGACAUCAUCUGUGCUUCCCAGCUUAUCCAUAUCUUGUUCCACGAAGUUAAAACAAAUUUCUAAGACAUGUCCUCUUAGCAACACUAAGCUCACUGGAAAGACAUUUUUAACCGAAUCUGAGAAGGAAGGAGUGUCUUCUACUCUGAGGUUGCACGAGCACCCCAGAACCCUAUACUUUCCUAACUACCAUCUACAGCCUGGGAAGGGAGAUUUCCCCAGGAUCCUGUUCUGGCCUCAGCCAUUGGACCAGUCUGAGCUGCUCAGACACCCCUGAGGAGGAUUUCUCAGGGCACUCUGUCAUGCCUGGGAGGAAAAUCUGACUUGGCAUUCUGAUAAUAGUAACAGAACUAUACUGUUCACCUGCCCCCCAUCCACUGGAAUAUUGAGCCCCUGGUGAGACUUUUCACACCUCUCUCUCCACACCUCUCUCUCUCUCUCUCUCUCUCUCUCUCUCUCUCUCUCUCUCUCUCUCUCUCUCUCAACUUUCUCUGCCUCCAUCUCUGUCCCUGUGUGUCUACUUAUACAUGAACAACUUCCAUGCAGGUAAGCUGCUCUGUCUUAAUCUGGAUCUGAAAAGAAUCACUAUUCCCUGAAGAAGGCCAUGAACAGUAAUCACUAAUACAAACAUAAAAUUGACAUUGACAGGAGUAGAUACAGAAAUUAUAACUAAGGCAUGAAACCUUGAAUCACCCGCUUAAAUAUAAAUGAAUCACAGAAGUAUGCUAAGGGAGCCUAUUCUGUCUACAACCCAAGAUGGAAAUUGUCUUUCAUUCCCUGACAGUAGUGCUAAGAUGUCCCAUGCACAAUUCCAUUUGAUUUUCUGAUAUUUGUUUCUGUCCACAUUUGGUUGGUAGGAAUAGUAUUGCCCCAACUCUUUUCUUGUGUUUGCUGUAAUGUUCACACAGAGUCUUGCCUUGUAACCGGGGAGGACUGAGCGCUCUGUGUUGUCCAUGCUGGAUUUAUUUCCCUGUGGUGCUGCAGACUGAGAACUCCUUAGGUGAACUGGAACGCUGCUAGCAUUUGUGGUUUAGUCUCGGUCUCUUGUGUCCCAGGCAGGCCACUCUGUAGGAAAGAUGACCUGGAGCAGGAUCUUCGUCUUCUCCAACUCCCCAAGCCAGAAUUUCCGGGUCUGAACCCUUCUGCCCUGUUAAGUAGGAGCAGCUCAGGGCCAGUUUAGGGAGUUCUGGGCUGAGUGUAGCCCAUCACAAAGAACAUGCUUAUUUUGAAUAUUUGAAGUCUGAGAUAUGGACACUGGCACUGGGAACUGUGUGAAUGAAAGGACAAGCAGGAAUGGCAGCUUGCUGGCCUGGGAUCAGUGAGACCCUCAUGUGAAAAGUAAGGUGGCUGCCCAUGGGCCCGGAGCCCCCGUUAAACCCAGGACUGUGGUAGGGGAGGCAGCCUGAUUUCUGUGAAUUCUGGUCUACAGACUGGGCUACAGAGAGAGUUCAGGCACAGCCAGGGAUACACAGAGACACCCUGUCUCAAAAAUCAAACAACAGAAUUAAGGUGUAAAAGCACUGGAUGAAUAUUUCUGGUCUACACAUGUGCUCAAAGGGUGAGAACAGACAGACACACACAUACUCAUUAUGUACAAUUCAGCAAUCCUGCCUUACCUGUUUUUCCUCAAUACUGUCUAGACCCUAUAUUCCUGGGAUUUUAUUGUCAUUUCCAAAAUUCCUGACUCUUAAACCCCACAGUGACAUAACUAUCAGUCCCCUAAAAAUUUUUUUCCCCUCUCCUCGAAUGCUGAUACAGGUUUUCUGUAUGCAGUCCAGGCUGCGAAGGACUGGCAGCCUCCUACCACUGGCCAACUGAGUGUUGGAGCUUAAGGUCAGAACCUAAUCCCAUUGGGGUUUGUGAUUUUGUUUUUAAAUGAUGCAUGUAGCUGUGGAUAUCCUUAAAUUUUGAAUCUUUCAAUCUCCAUGUACCAAAUGCAGGGAUUCCAGUAAUUCUCUACCAAGUCUGGUUUAUUUUGUUCUCUGGACAAAACCAGGGUUUCCUGUAUGCUGGGCAAGAGCUGUCCCAACUGAGUCACACCUGUAUCUCAGCCUAUCCGGGGAUUCAGUGUAGCUGAGGAAGAUCUGGAGUUCUGGGUCGUCCCUAUGGAAUUACAGGACUGCACCAUUUACCCUGCAGUUUCUCUUUUACCAUUUCUAGAUGACCUGUCUUUAUACUGAGAGUCUUUUGAAGGACUGAAAGAAAGAACUGUGGCCAGACACCACUUUUCUUCUGAAGCUGACAAAAUAGCUUUCAGAGCUGGGCUGCCCAGAUGUCCCUGAACAAGUUUCAUAGACCCACGCUGCUCCUGGACCUGCACUCCACAAUGGAGAUGACUGGGUUGCGAGUAAAGGCUGUGAAAUCCACACCUGGGUGCUUCAACCUUGCUGGACUUGAGAAAGCCUGUGUACAGCAUCUCGGAGUUGACAUUUGAUGGAAUACAUGUGCUUCAUACAUAAACGUUGGAGAACACACAUGGAAAUAUACAAGCACACGGAUGCACUAGAACACAACUGUAAACAUAUUACAGCUUGGUGUUAUUAAAGUUUCAAAAGCCAGUGGAGAUGCCCCUGCACCAAGAGAAAGAAGACCACCUCCAUCAGCUCUACUAGCACCCCCAUAUCAUUGAGUUAUGUUUGUUAAGUUUGAAAUAAAUUGUGUUGUUUAAUGA